AUGUCCAGCAAGUUCUGGUUCCCGUCUCUGCCCGUCUCCGAGGUCGUCGACGCCUUCACCGGCUGGGGGUACUCCGUCAGCCCAGAGCAGGUCGCGCGCCCGACCUCCGACUUUGUCCUCGGCGUAUAUAGCGCCUGUCUCGAGCAGCUCACCGGCAUCACGCUCGAGACACUGCAAGAACCUAUCGAACAAGGCCUUACAACAACAGAAACACCGGACAUGUACUCGCAGGCACUCGCCCACAACCUCCUUUUGUACCACAUUCAGCGGCUUGCACACGCGGCGAAGAUCGAGGACUUCAGCGCAAAGGACCUCUACUUCCCUGAGCCCGACCGCACGCGCGCCGUCUUCUCCGCCUUCAUAAACUUCAUCAAGUUCACCGAGCAAAGCGAGGCCUUCAUCAACCGCCUCCGAAACCAGUCUUCUGCGGUCAUCAAAGAGCGCCAGGCGGUUCUCGAAGAAACUGCAGAGUUGCAGCAGAGGGUAUCGGAGUUCAAGAUCAAACGCGCAGAGGACGAGCCGAAAUGCGCAGCUCUGCGAGAGGAGAACACGACGCUGAUGGAGCAGGUCAUUUCCUACAAAGACAAGCAGAUGGGUUUCCUACAGGAGGUCGAACGCCUCAAGCAAGAAAAGGCGGCGCUCGUCGCUGAGAAGGAGAAAGUGGCUGCCGAAAUGGCGACAUCCUCGGAGAACAUAAACCGCACCCGCACCCGCAUCGUGCAGUCCCCAGAGCGCAUCAAGCGCACCAUUUCCACCAUGGGCCACUCCGCGGCCGAAGAGAAGCGCACCGUCGCGUCCAACGAGGCGAAGACGCGCGACCUGCAGACGAAGAUCGCCGCACUGCUCAACAUUGAGAAGGACGUCCGCUCGUGUGUGGAGCAGCUGCAGGUUAUCGAGAAGGAGAUGCGCACCCUCGAUGCGGCGCAGAAAGAGCUCGCGGACCUUAAGGACACCCUCGACCGCAAGAAGGGCGAGCGCGCGGAGCUCAUCAUGCGACGCGAGCGUGUCCACAAGCAGUUCUCGAACGCCCACGAGAAGCUUGAGCGCGCCCAACGGCACGCCGAAGACAAGCGCCUCGCGAGCCAGCAGACCCUCGAGCGACUGCAGCGCGAGUACGAGGAGAUGUCCGUCGAGCGGCGCGACAACGACCGCCAAGUCGAAGAGCUCCGCGCGGAGGCGGACGAGAUUGAGCGCCAGAUGGCGGAGCACACGAAGACGAGCCAGGGCGAGAUGAACGAGCUGCUCGCGGAGUACUGGAAGCUCAGGCAUGAGACUGAAAUCUACAUGGAGACGCUUGCCAACAAGCUGGGCAUGCAUGUGCGAAGCACUGAGUCUUGAGCCUUUACUGGCGAGGCUUUCUCUGGGCAUCUCGCGCGAUGGGGACGACGACCGUACGCUGCAUCUACUACUUACUACGUUACUUAUGUAUAUCUAUACUCUAUACCCGUGUUGUACUUUUAUG